GUUGUUGUUGAGCCAUGGUUGAUGUACGUUGCGCCGAAAGUAGAAACCUUGUGGGACUUGUUUACUGACAUUUCUCAAAGAUCAUUGGAAGAAUUGUGGUGAUAUUUUGAAGUAUUGUACAUUGGAUAGCCAGGAUUCAUAUCCAUAUAAACACAAAUGGCAGGGGAUGACCCUCCCUUUUUACCAGUUGGCACUGAAGUUAGUGCCAAAUACAGAGGGGCAUUUUGUGAGGCAAAGGUGAAGAAAAUUGUAAAAUCAGUUAAAUGCAAGAUAUAUCUCAAAGAGACCUUGACGUCCAUUAUUGUGAUUGAUGACACCAUUAUAAAGGGAAUAUUAAAAGUUGGUGCUACUGUAGAAUACAAGAAUCCGGACAAUGGACAGAUUAUGGAAGCUGUGGUUAACAAGUUGACUGAUUGUAGCAUGUACACAGUGGUUUUUGAUGAUGGUGAUGAAAAAACCCUCAGAAGAUCUCAGUGUUGUCUAAAAGGAGAAAAACACUUCAUUGAAAGUGAGACUCUUGAUAAUCUGCCUUUGUCUCACCCGGAGCACUUUGGAACACCAGUAAUGAACAGCAAGACUAAAAGACGAAGUGGGCGACCAGUUUUUGGAAAUGAGGAAGAAGAUUCAGAAGAAGAGAGCACGGAUGAGAGCCUCCCCAGGAGAGCUUCGUACAAGGGGCGGAACCAGGAGCUGGUGGGGAAGGUGUUCCUAGCAGAGAUUGGAGAGAAGAAGAAGCAGGUAUUGCCUGUCCUGGUCGUCCUACCUGAUGCUCAUGCUACAGAACUCAAAACCAAAGACCACUUUCUGGUCAAAUCGUUCAAAGAUGGAAAAUUCCAUACUUAUGUAAGGAAAGAACUGAAGGAAUUUAGCAAAGAGUCCAUUGCAAAGAUUGAAGACAAGAAUGCAAAGCAAGCUUUAGAACGAGCUGUCACCUAUUCUGAUAAUCAGGAACUGCCCAGUAACUAGAGAGAGGAGUUGCUGGGUACAGACGAGGAAGAUUUUUCAGAUGAGGAAGAGGCUUCAGAUGAUGAACCAAGUGAGGAGAAAGACCGUUUUAUUGCUCAAUUGUACAAAUUCAUGGACGACAGAGGAACGUCAAUUAACAAAAUGCCAACACUGGGAAACAAAGACUUGAGUCUGUAUCGUCUGUUCAACAUUGUGCAGAACUUGGGUGGCUACAAUAAGGUAACAAAUCUCAAUAAGUGGAAAGCUGUUGCUGGUAGAAUGAAGACUGGAUUACCUUCACAGAACAUGGUGUCCCAUCAACUUAAAACCGCAUACAAAAAGUACUUGCAUGCAUUUGAGGAUUUUUAUCGGAAGUUGGGAAGCACCAUGGGAACGAUCAGUAGACCAGGUCGGAGUCGCAAUAAUUCUGGGAGAGGAAUGGGGGUCUAUAAAGGGCAGAUCAAGGAACAGGAAAAGGAAAUUGCUGCUGACAAGCAAGACUCCAAGAGUGAUGCAGAAUCUGACACAGAAGAUGGAGAUUCCCGAUCGACACGAUCUCCCCCGAAACGUGAGAGAAUUACGAGGCGGGAUUUGGACUUGGUGUUUAAGGAAAAUAGAGAAAGACGAGAUGGUAGCAAAGAUUCAAGACGAAGUGACACAUUUAAACAUGAAGAAGAGGGGAAGAAAACGGUAACAAUCAAAGAGGAGGGGAAAAAGACAAAGUCCAACAAGAAGCAGGAAGACAAGAAAGAGAGUGAGGAUGAGGAAGUAGAGACAGGAAAACAGGAGGAUAAGAAAAAGACUGUCAGAAGAAGAUCAGCAAGAAAGGAAGAUGUGAAGAAGGAGGAAGACGAAGAAACAGAAGACAAAAAAACAGAGACUAAGACAAAAACCAAAGUUCUGGCAGCCAAGGAAUCAGAGGUCAAACCGGGAAUGAAGAAACAGGAAGAAACAAAAGAUGCCAAAAUCGAAAAGAAAGAUGACAAGAAAAUUGAUGCCAAAAAAGAGAAGACUAAGGUGACUAAGAAGGAUGUGAAGAAGGAGGUGGAGGAGGAGAAUAAAGAUGUAGAAAAGGUGGAAAAAAAGACUAAGAAGGAUGGAGGGAAGAAGGCAAAGAAUGAAGAGGAGACGAGUACUGGGAAGAAAAAGGCGAAAGAGGAGGUGGAGGAGGACAUGAUCAUUGCAGAUGACGCCAAAACUUUGACAGCUAAUGAAUAUCCAUUGGGUACCAAGCUUCAAGUUCGAUAUGGAAAAGGCAGAACAGAAAAAGUGUAUGAUGCAAAGAUCAUUGAAAUUCAGAAAAAUGCCGGACUUCAGUAUCUUGUACAUUAUGCAGGCUGGAAUACGAGGUAUGAUGAAUGGAUCCGUCCAGAGCAGGUUGUGAAUGUCCUGAACAGACCCAGUGAUGCUGCCAUUCUGAAAAAGAAAGCCAAAGAAUCUCCUCCCAAGUCUCCUAAAGGUCAAGCCAGUAAAAAGGGGAAAUCUCCUGCAGCUGCUCCUUGUCCUGGUUCCUUACCUGUCGUCCAGCGGGAUUCUCGCCCGGUCAAACGAUCUCCAGCUCACACACCAAAUACUCCACAUCUCAAACAGAACAAGCAGCAGAGACCAACUCGAUCCAACAGCAUAGAACAGAAAGGACUCGACAGCCUUCCAGGAAAACCAAGAAGAACACGUAAGACAUCAGGGGUGACAGAAUCUUCAGACUUGGUUUCUCAAGGGUCAGUGAGUGAUGACAACAAUGAGUUUGAAGGAGACAUUGAGUCUGAUGGAACCGACUCUGUAGAACUAAAGUCUGGAAGAGACAAGGAUGAAAUGUCAGAGAAAUCAGAAGACUCCAAGCCAGACAAAGAAGAUGAUGAUAGGUUACUAAUGGAUUACAGUAAAAUUGUGGAUAAGAAAACGGACAUGCUAGCUGUGGAGCAAGACUUGCUGAACAAGGCUGCAGAGAUUGAGAAAGUUAAUGAACUUGUAGAAGAAAAAGAAAAUAAAACAGCUGAUUUGAAGUUUGAUGUCAAAGGAAAGGAAGAAAAGUCCGAUAAACUUGAGGAUCUCAUUGUAAAAAGUCCUCCAAAACUGGAUAGCAUCGGGAAAAGUCAAUUGUUGCCAACAAAAGAUUUAGAAAUGCCUACCAUUCAGGCAGUUGAUGAUCAUUUAGUAGCAAGCCCAUCUUCUGGAAAUCGAGAAAAGAAGGAAGAAGGGGAAAACAAUUCAAAUGAUAAGGUGUUGAGUCCAAAGGAACCCCAAGAGGAUUUGACAUCUGAGAAAAUUGUGAAAGGUGUUGAGGGUAUUUCAGAUUGUGGAUUGGAUGAUAGGUUUGAAUUUAAGGAGGAGGAAGAGUUAGAAAAUUUCUCCGAGGUGACUGUAGAAAAAGAAGUCAAAGAAAAAGCAAAGACUACAGAUUCAAAGGAAAAAAUGGAAAAUGAAGUAGAGAAGAAGCAAAGAGGAAGAAAGAAAGAUCCUAGUAAAAUAGCAGAGAAAAAGGAACCAGCAAAGGAGAAGAAGAGAGGCAGACCUUCUUUGGCUUCCAUAGCAGAGAAGAAAGCAGCCGGACAAGUGCCAGCAAAAUUACAGGAGGAUAGUGAACCAGUGCCUAAAAAGAUCAAAGAAAAAGUUGUAGAUGAGACUGGAGAUCUUCCAUCAGAGUCCGCUAACAAAGUGGAAGAACUGACCUUUGAACCUGCCACUAAGAAUGAUGAAGAAAUUCCAAAGGAGGAAAAUGAAUUUGAAAAGAAGAAAGUGAAAAAGAAAAUGAAGAGGAAACUUGAAGUAAACAGUGACACAGAGAUAGAGAAGAAGGAGAAGAGGGAACCAUGUAAGGGAUUAGGGAAGGCCAGUAAAGUAGAGAAGACUAUUAAAUCAAAAGGAAAAAAGGUCAAAGAAGAGGAGGAUGUGGAUUCUUUAUGCACUAAUGAGUGGGAGGACAAUAGCCAUGGUGAGAGUGACACUGUUCUCAGUGAUUCUAACAAAUCUCAAUCUGUGAUCCCCUCAGAAUCUGACACAGCUGGUGCUGAUCAUUCUGAAAGUGCUACUAAAGACAUUGCAAAGGACACUGGUGCCAUUCUUAAAGAAUCUUGCUUAGAAUCAAAAUCGGAGGAGUCCAUGGACUCAAAAUGUUCCACCAGUCGCUUACCAAAUGCAAGUGCUUUAUAUGAAAACACCCCGCCCACUACCCCCGAACAUGAGAUGGAUGUUCCCUCUGCAUCACGGGAGCAAACACAUGACCUGGUUAAGACUGACUGUAACAACAGUAAUGAUCAGCAAUAUGCAAGCGAGUCUCCAUCAGGAAACGCAAGUCCGUCGUCCAAUGAUGGCAGUGUGGGAAGUGGCAAUGUGGCCUGUUCUGAGAGCAGCAAUAAUGAGGCGCCCGUUCAUACUAGUCUUGGGAAACGCAGGAGGGAAUCUGAAGAGGUCACGCCCUCCAAGAGGAAGAGGAGGGGGAAGCAGAAACCAGAGAGAAGGCUUACAAAGCAAGCAGGGAGUGACAGUGAUGAAGGACCAGAAAGGCACUACAGCCCAGAUCCAGGGUCUGCCUCCCCAACCAAAGUGUCAUCUCCUGUCAGGACGCAGUCUCAGAGAACUCCGAAAUACCAGCUCAAUCUAGAAGAUGGCAAAUAUUUAGAGGGAGAAAAGCGAAUUGCUUUCUUAAUGGAUAAAAUCCAAGAAAUGCGCAAAAUCUACAUGAAUCUCAAAUCAGAGGUAGCAUGUAUUGACAGGCGGAGGAAACGUGCCAGAAGGCGUGAAAGGGAAAGAGAAAGUGCCCAGAACUCAUCCAGUGGUACACCAGAAGGGGAGACUACUCGGUGACAAUGAAUGACUUGACAUUUUCUCAUGUCUUCGUGUAACCCAGUGAAACCUUUGAUCCACCACUGCAUUGUUCUGAUGUGUUCAGGAAAAACAACACACCUAGCUGAAUCUCUAAUACAAAGAAUUAUAUUUCUCCAACAGCCAAGCUGCCUGAUGUAUUAUAAAUCCAGUGACUUUGUAUGUCCAUGAAAUGUACAUUGUAUGUAUCAUAUACAUAUGAUGAAGUAUCGUAUACAUAUGAUGAUCUUAAUAUGUACAUAGUCUAUUUUACUACAAUUUUUUUGUGAAAACAGCAAAUGAUGCUUAUUUACAAAUGACAUUUAUGUAAAAAGUAAAGGAAAAUGUGUUUUUAACCAGUUAUAGAAUUUAGGGAAAAUAUUUCUUUCCCAAGAUGAUGCUUGGCAUGUAUAUAUAAGGUUUAUAUUUAACUCCUGGCACAAAUGAUACAAAGAAAUAUUUGUUAGUAUGAGAGGCAGCAUUAAACUUGUGUUUAUACAGAUACAUGUACUCUACAUGUGCAUGUAUCGAGUCCAUGUGGCCAGAUAGAAAAAAAUAAAUUACCUGAGAUUUUAUAUAAAACAGGGAGGAGACUUUUGGGUCAUGACUUUAAACACUGCCAAGUUAUUUUACAGACGUGGUGGGUUAACACAGUAUUGAUACGUAACAUAAUUUUCUUGUUAACAAGUAAAAGUACAUGUAUGUUGCUUGCAGUAGGAUAGUGAAAUCAGUGUGUAGGGAUGGUGAUUUGUCAGAGUUACAUCUGAAAUAUUCAGCAAUACAUACAGUGAGUGACUGUUGAGGUAAGGAAGGGGUGUGUAGUUAUGCAGUCAACAUAUUUUGUACUUGCAUGUACAUUGCAAAUCUUCUUGACCAUAUGGGAAAUGUGCAAUCUGUAGUAUUUGAACCAUUGCAAAACAGUUAUUAUCCCAAAAUCUUCACAUGGGCCAUUGUACUUACAUGUAUAUUAAAAGUUCUCAUCUGGGAAAAUUAAUAAUUUCCAAUGCCCCAUUUUUUUCUCUUUUGUUUUACCCUUUAGAUUUGUAGAAUCUGAAUGUAGGUGAUACUCAGGAAGUCUAGUGUAUUGCAAAACCUUCCUUGUUCUGUUUCAAGAGUGCAAUGACAAUAUGGAUGUCAUUUUGACUAAAAGUGCUUUUCAUGAACAAUUGUUAUAAAUUGAUAUUAGUUUAACAUUUUAAGAUGUGUGUAUUGAUUUUUUUUUUUCCCUUUUAUUACUGAAAUGACAAUUUUGCUUUUAAAGGUCUCCCUGUGUUAUAUAUUUAUAGAAUGUUAUUGUGUUUAGGUGCAUUCCAAAAAAGCUGUUGAAGAUUUUUACGACAAUUGUAGUGCUGUUAUUGUUACAAUCAGAAGUAGGUUGUAUACGCUGUUAAUUACAGCUAAUUGUGAUACACAUUAUUUAUUUCACUAAUGUGUGGUGAUGAUAAUGAUAAUCAUGACUCUCGUCAUUUAGGAUUUGAAGAAAUAAAAAAAAAAUCAGAUACUAGGCUUCCAGAAGAAGUAGCUUUUGAACAUUAACGUGUUAAAUGUGGAGCAUGAGACUAGAUAGAACCGUGAUUUUAUGUGAAGAAUCGUACUUUUGUAAAGUACCUAUUUAAAUGAGCAAAUAGUAAGUAUGCCGUCUUAGAGACCAUUUUGACAUUGCUCUUGGCAUCAUUAGAAUACCUGAACACAGAAUUGUCUGUGUAAUCUUAGUAUAGAUUCAUUGUACAGUUUAUUCAGUCUUAUUUAUUACUCAUCAAUAAACUGUAAAAAUUGAAA